AAGCGAGGGAAGGGGAAGUGCCCCAGCUAACACGUUUCCUGUCUGGCUCCUGAGAUGCCCUGCCACCUGCAGUGUCACCUGAGGGAACGGGGUGACAUUUCUCGGUCCCUUGAGGAUGCCCUCAGGGCCAGUGAAGCGUUUUUGAUGAGAAAUGCCCGCCUCAAUCCCAUGGGAGAGGACGUUCUCCCCGCCUUGUUGCUGCUGGCCGUACCCCUUGGGUCUGACCGGGGUUGGGGGCGGUCAGGUGCUGCAAGCGGGAGGAAGACCAGGCAGAUCUGAAGACCUCAUCGGGACCCCAGAAUCCAUCAUCCAUCUUUCUUACUGGACACUGGCCACGUGCCUAGCUGGGAGCAGUCACAGCAGGAGCCAGAGAUGUGCGUCUCAGGAAGGGCGAGCCACAGUCGGUGGCCAGAGUGACAAGUAGCCCCAUCAGCCCUGCAGGCAGCUGGGGGGCCAAGAGCCUGGUCGUCUCUCUUGUGUCAUUCUGUGAGCUGAGGCCUAAAUGAUGACGAGCCGCCAUGGCCACCGAAGAGCAAGGGCAGGGUGCUACCGGCCGCAGGAGGAGCAAGGACACAGCCGGGCGGGAGGUCCGGGAGGGGCCCACGGAGACCCUGAGCCUCAGCGGGCUGGAGUGUGAUUGUAAGGGUCGCCAGAAGCACUGGAAGGAAGUGGUGGUCUGAUCUCUGUGAAAAGUCCCUCUGGUUCUUGUUCAGGGGGCGCUCUGCCAUCAGGAGAGGGGAGGGCACAGAAAACAGCCUUGGGGUGGUUUGGAGGUGAAGACACCGGCCUUGCUGGCAGGUUGGAUGUCGAGGCGGAGGCAAGAGGAGAAGUAAGGAUUGACUCCUGGGUUUGGGACCUGAGCACUGGAGGGUGGUGGCAGUGCCCGAAGCAGAAUCCCGUUGGGAGACAGGAACCGGGCCAGCACGUUACCGUGGAAAUGGGUAGCUGGGUAGCCAGUGCAGGGCUGUGAAGUGCUGCAAGGGGUAAAAGCAGAAACGGCAACAGCAAAUGCACCAGUGGCCCCGCAGAUGCCCAAAAGAUGGACCUGGGGCCCGCCUGCACAGCCAGGCUCCUUGGGGAGACUCGUGGUGUGCGGUGACUUCGCCACAGUGACUUCACCACAGUGGCUGCGAUGAGCCCACUGAAUCCAGGGCUGCGGGAGCCCAGGCCCAGCUGCACACGGCCGUUCACGCAGGGCCUGCUGCCAACGAGCCCCGCGUCAGGCGGCCAGGAGAGACGGCGAGAGGUCCAGCUCCAGCAGCACAGAGCCGGCCAGGAAGAGUGGCUUUGGGGCUGAGAGGUGGUAACUGAUGGCUGGCGGGGCGCUGGGGGGGGGGGGGGUGCAGCUGGCAUCGUGGCCUGGCCUGUGCGGCCCCCCACAGCGGCCUGGCCUGCUCAUCAGACAAGCUUGGCCUGGGUGAGACCGCACCCCGGCCUCAGGACAGGCAGCAAGGGCCAGUGUGCCCCGUGUGCAUCUGUGUCACUGCUGGCCUGCUGCUUCUCCAUGAGGGACCAUCCGUCCUUACAGGACCCGCCCGUAGGGCCCAGCACAGGCACCACCAACAACCUGGCCUUGGUUCUCCAGAGCUGCAGUGGGAGAGAGACGCAGAGGGCAGGUCUCCCUCUGCCCCCGCCCAUCCACGCCACACCCGGAGUCAUCCCCACAAACGUGCACAAGCACACCUCGAGGCCUGGGGUGGACACGGGCAGGUUCCCAGCGCAUGGCAGCAGAAUUGUUCACGCCACAAGCACCAGCCUCUGGCCUCAGCCCUUCUCCCCGCUUCGUGGGUGAGGCCACAGGCCCAGAGGAGGGGCAGGGAGUUCCGGCCUGGAGCCUGAGUGAGAUCCAGGGGCAGAUGGCAUGGCCUCCAACCCAGGUGGGUCCCCUCAUGGCUGGACAGGGCUGGUGGAGGGAGCAUCCGCUUCUUCGGGGCCCCCGGCACUGCCCUGUUCCUGGAGGCUUUUCUGGCCCUCGGCACCUCGGCCACUUGCCGGGCCUCAGUGCUGUGGCUGCCCUCUGGGCCCCCGCUCAGGCCUCCCCUGCAAGUCACGGCUCAGCCAGGAGGGGACGGGACUAGGGCAGUGGCCCUCCACACCCCAGGCUGACCCAGGCGCCCAUCGCCUGCCCAGCGCUCCACCAGGGGGCAGCCCAGCCCCGCCAGCAGUUCGGCGGGUCAGGCCUUACAAGGGACUUCUCCCGCUCCGGAGACAUUUUGCUCCAACUUGACCGCUGGAGCCUGAUUUCAGACUGAACCCUCUCCCCCGGCUGCAGCUCCCAAUGGCUAGGCUGCUUCCUCACCAAGUGAGGAGAACUUCUCCUGGAUGGUCACCCCUCAGUGUCACGGGCUGCGCCGUCCCAGCCUGCAGACCUCAGGACCCCCACACGUCCUCAAGGGAGGUGGCGUGUCCUCGACGUGGGGCGCCUCCCACAUGAGUGAACAUGGAAGCCUGGUCCUCCAGCUGCGUCUUCCCCAGGAUGCAGACUCAUGUCCGCCUGCAUUUCCGUUUGCUUGGCACCGUCCCAACCUUCUGGAGCCUCGUGCCCAAGGACCUUGGACAACUGGCCUGCUCUCUGCAGCUCAGCACUGCUGGGACCCCAUCCUCAGUUGUGCUUGUGGUGUCUGUGUGGGCAGCCCCCAGCCGCACAUGCUGGCAGGGACGCGAGCAGCCACCUCGCCCACCCCUCGGGUGCCGACGGGACGGCCGAGGGGCACCCAGGUCCUGGAGGGAGGGUGUGCACGGAGGUCCCUCACGGCAUUCCCCUGCCCUCCGGCCACCUUUUUAAACCAGCUUCCAGAUGGCCGUGCAGACAGGACGUGUGGAGAAGGGCCACACCCCAGGAGGGCAGUGGGGUCCGGCUGCAGCCACACGGUGACCUCGGACACGGCCCACGCGCUCGCCGCCACCAGCACGCCUUCCGGAGCUGCCAGGGAGACUCGGCCCGCGCUCUGUUGCCAGGCCUCGCUGAUGGGGAAGGCGCAGGCCUCUCCGUGUUGCAGGGACACCUCACGCCUGACCUCCGACCUCCGGUUCUCAAGAGUCACCCAGGAGACGGGGCGCCGUGGGACGGAGCUGGGCGCUACCCCAAGGCCAUCUCCCAUGAGGGCACAGCCGUUCCCUGGACUCUCACUGGGCAAACGGUCGGCCUUCUUUUAAAACACGUCCUUAUAUAUCGUAAAAUACGCCUAACGUAAGAUUCGUGGUUGUAACCGCUAAGUGUAUGGCUCGGGGCGGGAAGCACAUUCACACUGUGGGGCUCCCGUCCCCGCCGUCUGUCUCCAGAACCUUCCGUCUUCCCACACUGACACUCUGCCCCCAGGAAACACUAGCCCUCCCGCCCCUGGUGCCCACCCCGCCACUUUCUGUCCCCACGGAUCUAACUCCCGCAGGUACUGUGUGUCCGGGGAGUCCUACAAGACCUGUCCUUUGGGGACUGGCCCAUUUCACUGAGCACGAAGUCCUCGAGCUCCGUCCGUGCUCCUUCCUUUCUAAGGCUGGAUAAUAGUCCAUCGCGUGGAGGGCCCCCGUUCUGCACGUCCGUCCAUCCGCCGAUGGACCCCUGGGCUGCUUCCACCGCUUGGCUCCUGUGAGCGAUGCUGCCAUGAACGUGGCGGGGGGGGCACAGCUCUCUCAGCCCCCGCGUCCAGGUCCUCGGGGUGCACACCCAGAAGAGGAGCUUCUGGAUGCCGUGGUGGCUCCCACUUACUUCUGGGGAGCCCCACACGGCUCCCACAGCGGCUGCCGCAUGUCACUUUCCCAGCAGCUGCGCAUGGGUUCCGAUCCGUCCACACCCUCGCCUGCACUUGUCCUUUCCUCCUCCUGAAGACGGCCGUCCCCACGUGUUCUGGUGCCGUCCACAAUCCAGCGCCGGCCACUGCUGCCGUCAGGGGGAUGUGGCGUCCCUCCAUCCCUGCUGGGCUCUUCUGCCCGGCCUCACCCUCCUACCCGGCGUGUCCCUUGGCUGGACCACUGGCGCUGAUGGCUGCUGUCACCCGGGGAGUGCAGGCUCUGCCACGCGGCCGGGACAGGUGAACUGUCCUGUACCAGCAGGUGUGGCCACCUCCUGCUUUCUUCCCAGGAAGUGUCGGCCCCCACGCGAGGCCCCAGGCACCCUCGGACCCCCACCCUCUUCAACCCCAAGCUGCCCAGAAAGCUGCCUGGGCCCCCCUCACCACAGACCUACCAGCUUCUGGUUUUUAUUUAUUUUUAAGGGGCAGUGGCACAGUGACGUCUUCAGUGGCCUGGGCAACAUGACCCACUGCUCUGGGGCCAUCUACCACGGGAUGUGGAUCAAUGGCCACCCGGUGGCACAAGCCAAGAGGAUCGUGAUUUUGGGUCCGGAGGUGAUGGAUGUGGCUCAGGGGUCCUCCUUCACGUUGAACAUCCAGCUGCAGCAGAACAAUGGGGAAGUGGCCAGGAGCGAGGAUGGCCGGGUUUUGAAGAUCUCAGCCGGCAUCAGGUAUGUGCAGCUCCCGGCCUACUCAGAGGUCAGCUUCUUCAAAAUGGACAAGGACAAGCGAGAGCCACCCAUCCAGACCCCGUUUGGGUUUGACUGCAUCGCCUAUCCUCUGUGGAGUCCCAAGUCCGGGGGCCUGGAGCCCAGAGCUGCCCUGGAAAGUGCCAGAGAUCCGCCUCUCCUCACGGGGGACCCGGGGCCAGCGCUGCCAUCAGACACCUCUUGGGGCCAGAGGGACAUGCUCAGUGGCCUUCCUGGAGAGACCUCCUCCUCUUCCCGGGGUUGUGAGCCCCACUGCCCUGAGGACUGCCGGUGUGUCAAACAAGGUUGCGCCCGAUUCUCGGAUGUCCGCCUUGGGCCCCCACCGCCCGGGUACAGCCCCAUCCUCUUUCUCGACAGCCUCCGUGAGGAGGCGGGCUGUAGGCCCAGAGGCAGCCCGGGCCCCGGGAGGACGAUGCCCGCCAUGCAGGACCCGCCAGGAGGCAGCAGGCCUGACGGCGCAGCCACGACCGAGCCGGCGGCAGCAGCCUUCCCAGGGGAGUAUGUCAUCAUGAUCCGCGAUGUGACCGACCCUCCCUUCCUGGGCCACACGCUGCCCACCGCCUUCAAACACCUUCGGGUCUUGGGGAAGGGGACGGACCAGCAGCCCCACUUCCCUGGAGAAGGCCCCGAGUCUCCGAGCUAGGGGAGCCACCCCCACGCACCUGACAGCCACCAGUGUCCCCCUCGGGAGACCAUCCUCACUUCGAAUGGAAGAAGUCCCCUCUGCUCGGCGGGGCACCUUCCUGCACUUCUGCAGUGGGACUGAAUGGGGGCUGGAGGGCCACCUUCACGCAUCCCGUGGCUUCAAUAAAACGCUCAA